AUGACAAGAAAAGAAAAUGAAGAAUCGGAAUCAUUAUCUUCAUCAUCAUCACCAAUAGAUAAUUCAAAUAAUAAUAACAAUAAUAAUAAUCAUUCAAUAUUUAAUCCAAUUGGACAUAUUCAAAAUGCAUUUAAUAAUAUUGAUUUAAAUCCAUUAAAUGUUGAUUUUAAAGGACAUACAGAUAAAGUUGUAAACUUUUUUCAACAUGGUACAGGUGAUUUAAAUGAUCGUAUGCAAGGUGUUGUAUCAAAAUUAAGAAGCAAUGAAUAUAGGAAAAAGAUGCAUUCAGUAUUAACAAAAAUUAAAGAUACUAAAGAAUAUAAAUCAACAUCAAAUACAGAUUAUGAUGUUAUUUUUGAAUCGGUUGAUAUGUAUUCAAAUCUUCAACAAGAUCCAACUAUGGAUAAGGAUGAAAUUGAUGUUGUAACAGAUUUAUCAUCAUAUAAAAAGAAAUUUACGCAUUGGUUAGGUAAAGAACGUAUAUCAACAUUAUUGUUCAUACCAACAUUGGGUAUAUUGAUAGCAUUGAUGGGAAUACUAUGUGAUUUCCUAUUGAUGGAAUUGGGUACACUUAGAGAUUUCGUGACUUCUAGACACAAUAGUCAUGUUAUACCAACCGAUGGUACGACACCAACACCAAAUUCAUCGAUUGCAGAUAAGUAUGAUUUAGUUGAGGGUAUUGUUUUCGUUGGAUAUUCAGUAUUCUUUGCAUUGAUAUCGGUGUGUUGUAUUAGUUUCAUUAGUCCAUAUGCAGUUGGUUCUGGUAUACCAGAGAUGAAGUCCAUUAUGAGUGGUAUUAAUUUAUCGAGAGUAUUGGGUUUUAAAACAUUGGUUUCCAAGAUAGUUGGUAUGGUUUGUGCAAGUGCUGCAGGUUUAACCAUUGGUAGAACUGGUCCAUUCAUGCAUGCAUCUGCAAUCAUUUCACAAAUGUUAAUGAAUUUAAAAGUGUUUGGUGCAAUUAAAAAGAAUCAAAUCGUUAGAUAUCAAAUGUUAAUUUGUGCAUUGACAAGUGGUGUAGUUGCAAAUUUCGGUGCACCCAUUGGUGGUUUGCUAUUUGCAAUCGAAGUUACUGCAACCACUGCUGUAAUGGGUAAUCUUUGGAAAGGCUUCCUUUGUGCGACUACCACCGCUAUCAUUUUCUUCCUUAGUAGAUCAACUUUCUCCAAAGGUAAUUUUCAUUCAGUCUAUGAAUUUGAAUUUGUACCAAAAGAAUAUGGUGUUGCAGAUUUAAUAACUUUUGUUGGUAUUGGUAUUAUCACUGGUUUAAUUGGUGCUUUCUUUGUGUUUAUCUAUGAAAAAUUGGUUAGAUUCCGUUUGAGAUAUCCAAUUCUAAAACAAAGUAGAAUUAUUUUGGUUUUGGUUGUAUCAUUAUUUAGUGCAAUUAUAACUUAUUCAGCGGGUCCUUUAUGUAGAGUUUCCUUACCAACUGCAAUGAAACAAUUUCUUGGUCAAAAUGAACCAAAACCAUUCCUAUUCGAACAAGAUCAAACUCCAUAUUAUAAAUAUUUAAAUCUUUUGGUUUUCAUUGUGGUGAAAUUGAUUUUAACAGCUUUCAAUAUUGUUUUACCAAUUCCUGGUGGUGCAAUCACUCCAUUCAUUGUUACUGGUGCCGCAUUAGGUAGAUUAUUUGGAGAGAUUUUAAAAGAUCAUUUCGAUUCUCAAGCUAUUGAACCCGCUGGUUUUGCCGCUAUUGCUUCGGCUGGUUUGGUUAGUGGUACCAUUCGUAAUAUUUCACCAUCGAUUUUCGUAUUGGAAUUAACUGGUCAAUUAUCUUUAUUAGUACCAAUUCUAAUUUGUUCAAUCACUUCCACUGCAGUUGGUAACUUUUUCAAUAGACCUCUCUUUGAUACUGCUUUAAAAAUUCAAGGUUUACCUUUUCUUUCAAAUUAUAGAUCUUCAAAAGUUUAUACAAUGACUGCUAAACAGGUCAUGAAAAAGAAUAUCAAUUAUUUAUCAAUGACUUCAACCGUUAUUGAAAUGAAAAACUUUUUAGAUACUUUUAAAUAUACUUUUAUUCCAAUUGUUGAUUCAAAAGAAAAUAUGUUAUUAGUUGGUAUAGUUGAAAGAUCAAGUAUGAUUUAUAUGUUAGAUAUUCAUAUUGAAAAUAUAGAACAAAAAAUUGAUGAAUUUAAAUCAAAAUAUUUUGUAAAUAAUAAUAAUAAUAAUAAUAAUAAUAAUAAUAAUAAUAAUAAUAAUAAUAAUAAUAAUAAUAAUAAUAAUAAUAAUAAUAAUAAUAAUAAUAAUAAUAAUAAUAAUAAUAAUAAUAAUAAUAAUAAUAAUAAUAGUAAUAAUAGUGAAAAUUUAGAAAUUGAAAAUACAGGUGCAAUUUUAAAUACAAAUUCAAAUAAUAAUAAUAGUGAUGAAGAGGAUUAUGAUAGAAAAGAUAAUGAUAAAAUUAGUUUAAUUAAACCAAAUCAAGAUGAAAGUAGCAGUAAUAGUAAUGGAGGUAGUAGUAGUGAUUUCGAAGAGAUUUUAAAUACACAAAAUACAAAUAUAAAUAAAAACGAUAAUGAAGAUUUAAUUAAAGAGAUUGAAGAUGAAAAUUCAAGUUUAGGUGAAAAACCAAUAAUUGAACAUGAUGAUGAAGAUGAUGAUGAAGAAGAAGGUGAUGGUAUUCCAUUAGUUAGUAUGAAAGAUCAACAACCAGUAUUAAGAAAUAGACACACAACAACUACGACAACAACUACAACGACAACACCAAUAACUGAAAAUAUUUAUGUUAAUGAUGCAUUUGAAAUAUCAAUUAACGAUUUAAAAAAUGGUGGUCAAAGUGUUUGGGGUAAACAUAUUUUAGGUGAUAUUAUUCAUUCUGGUGAAACUGCUUUGUUGAUGGAUUUAGCUCCUUCUCAAGUACCAGAUUUAACUCCUUUGAAUAAAGUAUUUCAUUUAUUCACUAUGCUUGGUUUAGGUUUUACUUAUGUAACCUCACUUGGUAAAUUAGUUGGUGUAAUUACUAAAAACUCUUUAAUGGAACAAGAUUUAUAA